AUUUCCUCACUCUUCACUCUCUCUAUUUAUAGCAUAUAAAAUUCAUUUCCUUCUCGUUUUGGGUGAAGCGUUGAGCAGAAAAAGGCGAGAGCUUUUGAGAUACGGCGGCUCGGGCAAGAGAUUUUUAUGUCGGCAAGUUUUGAUUUGGGUGCUGUGUCUGGGGCUGCUCUCAAGCUCUGUUUCUCGUCAAUUCCUUCGAUUUCUGCUCGAUUCAUGCGCAAAGCCCUCUGCUGCUCGAUUCAGCAGAGCGACCUCUCUUUCUCCCCCACUGUUUCGAUGCGUUUGAGGCCCAAACGGACUUGUACUGGAGUUGUGUGUUUUGGGGGUUUUCACAUAAAUCGGCUGUUAAAUCGAUUGAUUCGAAUCUCAAAGUAGGGAUUUUUGUUUGAUUGGUAGAAUUGGUAGAAUAAGUGAAGAUUUUUUAGGGGGUUUUGAUUAGUUUUGGAGAGAGAGAGAGAGGAGAUGAAGGCGGAGCUUCGGAAACCCGUUUUGGUCAAGGUCCGACCCGAACCCGUUAAGCCUGCUAUGAGAAAGAUCAGAUUCGUUUGCGAUGACCCGGAUGCGACGGACUCUUCCGGCGAUGAGAGAGAAGGAGAGAGGAGAGUGAAGCGGGUGGUUCAUGAAGUCCACUUUCCUUGGGUGAAUCCGAAAAUUUCGGAAUCGGAGAGCUCUGUGAGUGGAUUUUUCAAGAAGAAGAGGCCGUUUUCUGCGGCGGCGGAGAAGAAUCUGGCUGCCGCGAAAUACCGAGGCGUGCGGCGCCGGAAAUGGGGGAAAUGGGCCGCAGAAAUCCGUGACCCGAUCCAGAACAAACGGGUCUGGCUAGGGACGUUCGGGUCGGCCGAGGAGGCGUCCCGGGCUUAUGAAACGAAGCGCCUCGAAUUCGAGGCCUCGACUAAUGCGUCGUCGGAGAAUGGCUCGGUCGUUGUUUUCGAGCGCGUCGAGAAAAAGGUCCGGAUGAACGAUCCCGUCUCCGCCUCCGAAGAAUUUUCGAGUGGCGGUGGUGGCGGCGGCACUAUAUCGCGGUCGAGUUCGUCGGUGGCGAUAACGACGGAUUCGGCCGGCAUUGCGUCGCAGACGAGUUCGUCUGCGGCGGUGGCUACAACGGGUUCGGCCAAUAAUGUGAUGGAUGAUGGAUUGAUGGGAUUGGCUCGGAUUGAUCUCGGCGCGGGCGACGGAUUCGUGCCGUGUUUCGAGGAUUUUGCCGACGAUGACUUGGAUGAUUUUCCGAUUUUCGGGUUUGACGACGGCGAACAAGGCAGCGUGUUGCCGGAUUUCGACUUCGAUGUUGAUUUCGAGGGUGGUGCGAUGGCGUGGAUGGACGAGGUGGCACCAGGUGCUAUGAAUGGGAUCAAUGGAGCAACGCCUUCUUACAAUAUAGCAUGCUUAUGAGUCUAUGAGUUUUGCAGUUACUAGGAAUUUUGUUUAGUGUUAAUUUUAAUAUUUAUGUCUAUGUUUUGGUUUUUUGAGAAAAUGAUGUUUCUACAACUGGAAAAAUUUCAGUUUUAGGGAUGUUAUUUUUAUGAGUUUUGAUGGGAGUUUUUUGUGCUA